GAGCACCUGCCCGCCCUCUGCGCAAAGGUCCAUGCCAGAGUCACGGCUUUCCUGGCCGCCCAAGCAUCCACCGACCGCCUGCAGGGUGUACAGGACCAGACUCGGCUGAGUCUCAGGGUUCUCGAAGAGGCGCUCGAGCGAUAUAGUCUCACCGAACUCUCCUUCUCGUACAAUGGUGGCAAGGACUGUCUAGUCCUCCUCAUCCUCUAUCUCGCCGCCUUGCACGCACACUCGGUCAAGACGGCAACGCCGCUGCCGGACAAGCUGCAGUCCGUCUAUAUCGUGUCGCCUCAUCCAUUCACCGAAGUCGAGGACUUUGUACAAUUGUCCAUCGACACAUAUCAUCUGGAUCUGGCUCGCUAUGCCGAAUCCAUGCGAACGGCCUUUGAGAACUAUCUGCACGACCACGCCCACGUCAAAGCAAUCUUUGUGGGCACGCGGCGGACAGAUCCUCAUGGAGCCACACUAAAGUACUUCGACCCGACGGACAGAGGGUGGCCCGCAUUUAUGAGGAUACAUCCCGUGAUAGACUGGCACUAUGCUGAAGUGUGGACUUUUAUACGACACCUGAACAUACCUUAUUGCUCGCUCUACGACAAGGGCUACACAUCUCUUGGAGGAACUACAGAUACACAUCCGAACCCUGUUCUGAAGGCGAACAGCGAGAACGGUUCAUAUAGACCCGCAUACGAGUUGGUCCAGGAUGAUGAGGAGAGACUAGGCAGAGAC